GACAGGAACUUUCUCUUCGUGGGAGUCAUGACGGCCCAGAAAUACCUGCAGACCCGCGCCGUGGCCGUCUACAGGACGUGGUCCAAGACAAUUCCCGGGAAGGUGGAAUUCUUCUCCAGCGAGGGCUCAGAUACGUCCAUACCGAUCCCCAUAGUGCCACUGCGGGGUGUGGACGACUCCUACCCGCCCCAGAAGAAGUCUUUCAUGAUGCUCAAGUACAUGCAUGACCACUAUUUGGACAAGUACGAAUGGUUUAUGAGAGCCGACGACGACGUCUACAUCAAGGGCGACCGCCUGGAGAACUUCCUGAGGAGCCUGAACAGCAGCGAGCCCCUCUUUCUCGGGCAGACAGGACUGGGCACCACGGAAGAGAUGGGGAAACUGGCGCUGGAACCCGGGGAGAACUUCUGCAUGGGGGGGCCCGGAGUGAUCAUGAGCCGGGAGGUGCUCCGCAGGAUGGUCCCGCACAUCGGCAAGUGUCUCCGAGAGAUGUACACCACCCACGAAGACGUGGAGGUGGGCAGGUGCGUCCGGAGGUUCGCGGGGGUGCAGUGCGUCUGGUCCUACGAGAUGCAGCAGCUUUUUUACGAGAAUUACGAACAGAACAAAAAGGGGUACAUUAGAGAUCUCCACAACAGUAAAAUCCACCGGGCCAUCACGCUGCACCCCAACAAAAACCCGCCCUACCAGUACCGGCUCCACAGCUACGUGCUCAGCCGCAAAAUCGCCGAGCUCCGCCACCGCACCAUCCAGCUUCACCGCGAGAUCGUCCUGAUGAGCAAGUACAGCAACACCGAGACCCACAAGGAGGACCUGCAGCUGGGGCUCCCCCCCUCCUUCACGCGCUUCCAGCCCCGCCAGCGGGAGGAGAUCCUGGAGUGGGAGUUCCUGACGGGCAAGUACCUGUACUCGGCCGCCGACGGGCAGCCGCCGAGGAGGGGCCUGGACUCGGCGCAGAGGGAGGCCCUGGACGACAUCGUCAUGCAGGUCAUGGAGAUGAUCAACGCCAACGCCAAGACCAGGGGCCGCGUCAUUGACUUCAAGGAGAUCCAGUACGGCUAUCGCCGCGUGAACCCCAUGUACGGGGCCGAGUACAUCCUGGACCUGCUGCUCCUGUACAAGAAACACAAAGGGAAGAAGAUGACCGUGCCCGUGCGGAGACACGCCUACCUCCAGCAGACCUUCAGCAGGAUCCAGUUUGUGGAGCACGAGGCGCUGGACGCCGAGGAGCUGGCCGCCAAGAUCAACCGGGAGUCCGGGUCCCUGUCCUUCCUCUCCAACUCGCUGAAGAAGCUGGUGCCCUUCCAGCUCCCCGGGUCGAAGAACGAACGCAAGGAACCCAAAGAGAAGAUCAACAUCCUGAUCCCCCUGUCGGGGCGUUUCGACAUGUUCGCGAGGUUCAUGGGGAACUUCGAGAAGACGUGUCUCAUCCCCAACCAGAACGUCAAGCUGGUCGUGCUGCUCUUCAACUCCGACUCCAACCCCGACAAGGCCAAGCAGGUGGAGCUCAUGAGGGACUAUCGCGGCAAGUACCCGAAGGCCGACAUGCAGAUCCUGCCCGUGUCCGGGGAGUUCUCCAGGGCCCUGGCCCUGGAAGUCGGGUCGUCCCAGUUCACCAACGAGUCCUUGCUGUUCUUCUGCGACGUCGACCUCGUGUUCACGGCGGAGUUCCUGCAGCGGUGCCGUGCCAACACCGUGCUGGGCCAGCAGAUAUACUUCCCAAUCAUCUUCAGCCAGUACGACCCAAAGAUUGUUUAUAGCGGGAAAGUUCCCAGCGACAACCAUUUUGCCUUCACCCAGAAGACGGGCUUCUGGAGAAACUACGGGUUUGGCAUCACCUGCAUUUAUAAGGGAGACCUCGUCCGGGUGGGCGGCUUCGACGUUUCCAUCCAAGGCUGGGGGCUGGAGGACGUGGACCUUUUCAACAAGGUGGUCCAGGCCGGCCUGAAGACGUUCCGGAGCCAGGAAGUCGGAGUCGUCCACGUGCACCAUCCCGUCUUCUGCGACCCCAACCUUGAUCCCAAACAGUAUAAAAUGUGCUUGGGGUCCAAGGCCUCCACCUACGGGUCCACGCAGCAGCUGGCCGAAAUGUGGCUGGAAAAGAAUGACCCGAGCUACAGCAGGAGCGGCGGUGCCAACGGCUCCGUGAGGACCGCCUGAUGUCCAGCUCCGCUGGCGAAGACGCUUUGAAUUCUCUAAUUUAUUUUUCAGACUUUUUUUUUUUUUUUUGGUUUUUUUUUUUUGUACGAUCAGUUUUCGAAGUCCACACGAGGAUAUAUUUUACACGUGACUUUCUUACCGAGGACUCCUUGAGAACUGAGCUUCCCCGAGCAAAAAAAAAAAAAAAAAAA